UCCUCACCUUUCAAACUCAUCUUGCAUAUCUGCAACAAAACAACCUUAAUUGCUUCUACUUCUCGCACGUUAACCAUGGAGUUCUCAGAGGCCAACAAUGUUCUUUUGAUGUCACUGAUGGAAGAAACAAAGGAAGAAGAGUACUAUGAUGGUGAUGAUAGACUUGUGAGCAUGAUUCAGUCAUUGGAGGCAGAGAUCAGUGUCACUGAAAUAGCUCAAAUGGAUGAUCAAGAUUGCUCCACGUCAGACAGUGAGCCUGAUCAUUGGGAUGACAUCAACAUCAUCUCUUCUUUGCCCUUUGAUGAGAUGAAUGCAUGGAUCCCUUGUGGAGAUGAGAUCAUGGACCAUUCAUCAAUGGAAUAUGAAGAUGCAACUUAUAUUCAAGAUUUUCAGUUCAGCUAUGGAGUUUUCUUCGACCAACAUUAUUUGGCACAAGGGCCAACUGACGUAGUUUUCUGAAAUUAAAAAACAUAACAGUAUCAUACAAGGAAACAGAAGAUAGUUAACAUGGUUUUAUACUUUGUAAUUAAUUUGUGGAGGUGUCCAUGUUAAUGGCAAACUUUUUAUGUUUA